AGACAAAGGACCUAUCCCUUGGUAUACACAGCAUGCAUCACCAUCGCAUAUUCAUAUUUCGGGUUUAUUCCUUCUUGAACGACUAAAAUCCGAGGAAUUCGAACCAAGCUUGCAACCGUGCGUACAAGAGACCUGCUUAUCGAAAGAUUUCGGGUUAUACAACUUAGCGUCACAACUUUGCGAAAUGUGCCGAAAUCUUUAGUCUAGUUCUCAAUUGUCAGUCGAUCUGCAUAUCUUUUCCACGCUGACCUCCUGAUUUUACAUAACACAAAAUCGCUACUCAUUCGGAACAGACUCUGUUUGAUCGGAAGCGACCAACACAGAGAAGUCUUUCCCAUCUCAAGAUCAAUGGUCAUGCUCGCUCUCGUUCUUAUUUCCUGGAUUCUAAUUGUACCGUUCUCUGCAGCACAGAUAACUACCCCAAGUUCUAAAGAGUCGCCUUGUUUGAACUAUAGAAUGCUCAAAAGCAAAACCAGGUCACGAACACACGUUACAAAACAAAGUAGUGAUGGUGAUGCCGAAUGCGAUCGAACACUUAAGCGCGGUUGGUACCGAUUUACGGGCGACGCGGGAACCAAAAUGGCGGAAACUCCGGUUGAGACAUUUAGGUGCGGAGCCCAUUCACCCGGAUGGUUGCGGGGCGGGCAUCCAAAUAUAUCACAAGGCAUUGUUAACAGAACUGCUUGUUUCACGUGGUUCUUUAAUGAUAACUGCUACGGGAAGCGAGAUGUUUCCGUUGUAAACUGUUCGGGUUUUUAUGUGUAUAACCUCCAACCAACAUCUCUGUGUGAUCUCCGCUACUGUGGUGAUGGCGUUCCAGCGCCGCCCCUUGCCUGCGUCCCAGGGAACACAUCCCACGAUAUCGAUGGCACUAUUCCGGGGGAAAUAACAAGUCCAAGUUACCCGAACCCAUACCCGCAUAACCAGGACUGCUCAUGGCUGAUCAAAGCUCCUCUUGGGAGCCUGGUCCGAGUGACGCUUUUUGGGAUUAAUCUGAGAGCUGGAGACUUGUUGGUCAUGGCGGACGGUGAUCGCGACAGGAGCGUUGACAUUGGCAGAUAUUCUCACUGCGCCAAAGGAAGCAUCUCUCUCCUCUCAUCCGGGAACUCCAUGCUUAUCCGUUUUAUUUCUAACGACGAAGACAGUGCCUCGGGGUUUAAACUCACCUAUAAAACCGUUCGAAGAGAUAUUCUCGUGGAUGCUGGGAAUAUUGGUCCAUGUACGAGGGACACUAUUAUGAGAGGUACCUUUGGGUACAUCGGUCACAUUGGCUUCCCUAACCCUGUCCCUGGCAUGAAAAGGUGCCUAUGGAGCGUAAAAGUUCCCGAAGGAAAGAAAGUUUUCUUCAAGUUCCACUGGAUGGGUUUGCACGAGAGGGAAGCAAUGUUCUGCGAAAAGGGUUGGGUUCGUCUAAGCUUGACAGGCCGAAGUGGGUCCGUCAUGCAUUGCGGGUGUGAUGUCCUACCUGUUGAGAUCUCUGGGGAUAAUAACGGCUAUGUGCAGUUCAUGUCACUGAAGGAAGACUUUUACUCUGGAUUUCUACUCGAGUAUAGAGCCUUGGACGAUGCUGAUUGUCCCGGAGGUAAAGCUGAGUCAUGUAAACUAAAAGACAAUAUGGAUGUCGGCGUCGAUAGAUUUGGCCGAGUGAAAUAUGAACCAGAUAACGUACCAUCAACUUUUGCUCCAACAACAGAGAUGCCUACAGACACACAAAAUCUGUUCCACGUUAGCUGCGACCAAAACCAAAUGGAAGUCAUCCUUGACGUGGAUCGGUUCCCCGGGCUCGAGUACAGCAAAGCGCAUCUGAACGAAGACAAAUGCACGGCUUACUCCACCAACGCUGUCCAAAUACGCAUGCGCACGACAUUAGACGGAUGUGGAACGAAACACAACUAUAGCAGUGACGGAACGUAUAUAAUAUACCAUAAUAACAUCAUCAUGAACAAGGUCGUGCCUAAAGAGAAGGAAGACAAGAACAAAGUGAUCACCAGGGACCAUCAGGCUUACUUCGCUUUCAGCUGCAAGUAUCAUCGACGCAUGGUGCUGACUGUCGUCCACUUCUCGCCUUCCUUUACUUUCGUGUCCACGAAACAGGCUUUUGGGUUUGGUAACUUCAGUUACAGUAUGGCGAUGUACAAGAGCGAAAGGUACGAGUCGGCUUACAACAAAUACCCAGUCUACAUCCGGUCAAAUUACCCAGUGUACCUCGAGGUCGCAGUCACCUCUAACGACACUGACCUGGUGCUUUUCGCCGACACUUGCUAUGCCACGCCCUCCAAAGACCCGGAUGAUAAGCAAAGAUACACGUUUUUAGAAGAAGGAUGUGCCCGCGAUGAAACCCUGGAUCACAAAUACAAGCUCUCCCCUGUACAGCGGUUCAACCUAAAAGCGUUCUACUUCGAAACCUUCCGCACGGAUGAAGUUUACUUGCACUGCGAAGUGCUUGUGUGUCAGCGGUCUGACAAGAAAUCACGCUGUACCAAGGGGUGCCCAUAUCAACGGCGACGGCGGAGGGAGACUGGGAUUGAGUACCAGACCACUCAGCAACUCACGGUCGGGCCGAUUAGAUGGAUAAAAAAUGGGGACAAUAAAAUUGAAAAUAGUCGAAUCGAUCGUGGAGCCAGAGAAGACAGUCGAACGUACAUCGUGGAAAUCGUUGCAGGUUCACUUGGCUUCGUGGCGUUAGUUCUUGUUGUCAGCAUAAUCUACGUCGUAUUCAAGCCGAAACACGACCAGAGUAGCGCGGAUGUUCUGAUAGUUAAAGAGGGAACCGAUUACUAAAAAUCUUAACACACAUAAACUCGUUGCGUUAAGCCCUCAGGAUGAGGUUUUGAAGUUUUCGUAUCUCUUGUUGUUUGUAUAUUUUUUUUAUCAUUUUACCCUGGAAAUAUUUUUGCUUCACAUAUUUAAAAGGUUCCAAUUGUUUCCAUUAUAAUUAUCUUAUAUAAUCAUAUUAUUUCAAAUUUUUGUUUAGAAACAUAGCCGAAAAUUUCGCUUGACAUAUUUAGUUAGGAAAUUUUUUCAAAUUUUAAGAGAUGUUAAAAAAUCUAUUAAAAAACAAGAAAAUGUU